CGAACGAUCCAAAUCUUCCUUUCUCUUUGUAAUAUAAUAAUGUGAAAGCCAGCUGCCAUUGUUGACCAUAAUAGUAUAUAACUAUGCCUUCUCUGGUGUUCUCCCUCUGCAAAGCCUCAGCUGCGAGAGCGUAGAAAAACUCACUCCCUUUCCUCCCGCUUGUUUUCAAUGGAAAACGCUGACGCUUUGCAUGUGGCCGUUUUCCCGUGGUUAGCCAUGGGCCAUCUCAUACCCUUCAUGCAACUCUCCAACCGCUUAGCCCAAAAGGGUCACAGGGUUUCCUUCAUCUCCACCCCAAGAAACAUUGGCAGACUUCCCAAAAUACCCUCGCACCUUUCCCCUCUUUUCAACCUCGUUUCCCUUCCCUUACCCCACGUCGACGGCUUACCGGACCACGCCGAGUCCUCCUCCGACGUACCUUUCAACAAGCAAAAUUUGCUGAAAAGGGCAUUCGAUUUGCUUUAUUCACAAGUGGCCGCCUUCCUCGAAGCCUCCAGACCGGAUUGGAUUAUUUACGACUAUGCCUCUCACUGGCUUCCUGAGCUCGCGGCUCGGAACGGUGUCUCACGCGCCUUCUUCAGCCUCUUCCACGCCGCCUUUAUGUCCUUUCUAGGCCCACCGGAGGCGUUGAUCGAUGGAGGUUCAAGAUCGACGGCUGAGGAUUUCACGAUGGUUCCAAAGUGGGUACCGUUCCACUCCAACGUCGUGUAUCGGCUUCAUGAGAUAGCGAAGAACGUAGAGAGCUUGAGCGCGAACGAAUCGGGGACGCCCGAUACGGUCCGGUUCGGGACUGUGAUCGCGGAGAGUGAUGUUGUGGCUAUUAGAACCAGCGCAGAGUUCGAACCGGACUGGUUGAAUUUGCUGGUGGAGCUUUACCCGAUACCCGUUCUUCCGGUUGGGUUUUUACCUCCGGAAUUGAGAGAUGGAGAGGAAGAGAAGGAUGGGAAAUGGGUUUAUAUGAAACAGUGGUUGGACAAACAGAGAGUUAACUCGGUGGUUUAUGUCGCACUCGGGACCGAGGUGACUCUGACUCAACAAGAAGUCAACGAGUUGGCUCUUGGGUUGGAACAGUCCCAGUUACCAUUCUUUUGGGUGCUGAGGGAUCCGUCCGUGUCAACUCAAACCGAGUUUCCAACUGGGUUCGAGGAUCGGGUGAAGGGUCGUGGAAUCGUUCACGUUGGGUGGGCCCCACAGGCGAAGAUACUGAGUCACAACUCGAUUGGAGGAUUUCUGACUCAUUGUGGUUGGAACUCAGUCAUAGAGGCGCUCGGUUUUGGCCGAGUUUUGAUUCUUUUACCGUUUUUGAAUGAUCAGGGAAUCAACGCCAGGUUGUUGCACGGGAAGAAACUCGGGGUGGAGAUUGCCAGGAAUGAGCGAGAUGGAUCGUUCACUCGUGACUCAAUUGCUGAGUCGGUGAAGAUUGCAAUGGUCGACGACUCGGGUGAGUCAUUGAGGGGCACCACUAAGGAAAUGAAAGGGUUGUUUGGGGAUAUGGAUACGAAUGAUCGUCUUGUUGAUGGGUUUAUACAUUUCCUUCUAGAGAAUAGAUUCUCUACCACGAAAAAUAUAAAUUUACUCCUCUAGUAAUCACACAAUUUUAGUUCUAAAAUAACUUCAAUCACGUUGCGAUAUUAAUUUGGUAUUUUGUACAUUUCAAUAGGAAGUAAAUACCUAAACUUAAAAUACCAAAAAGUAAUAUAACUCUAUACCAAAUAAUUUUCAUUAUUUUGACAAAAUAUCUUGUUGACAAAAUACUCAUCGACAAAACUACCAAUAAAACUAUCAU